AUGGCCGAGAAAUGCGUGCAGGCCGGAUGUACCCAGUGGGCUUUGAGUGGUAGCCGCUACUGUAGCAACCACAAGCCCGCUGGAUCCCAGCAGAAACCUGCCAUGGAAUUCGAAAUCAAUGGGGCUCGGGUUCGGGUUCCCGAUGUCGCAAGUGACAGCCAGAAGAGCAAAGCUGUCUGA